AUGAGGCUGCUGAUCUUCCUGGGCCUGCUGUGGGGCUCGGCAGCCGCAGCCCCGGGCCCGCAGUGGCCCAAGCCCGUGUUCGGGCGCCUGGCGUCUCCCGGCUUCCCCGGGAAGUACGCCAACAACCAGGAGCAGCGCUGGACCCUGACUGCGCCCCCUGGCUACCGCCUGCGCCUCUACUUCACCCACUUCCACCUGGAGCUCUCCUACCUCUGCGAGUACGACUUUGUGAAGCUGAGCUCAGGAAGCAAGGUGCUGGCCACGCUGUGCGGCUGGGAGAGCACGGACACGGAGCGGGCGCCGGGCAACGACACGUUCUACUCGCCGGGCUCCAGCCUGGACGUCACCUUCCGCUCCGACUACUCCAACGAGAAGCCGUUCAUGGGCUUUGAGGCCUUCUACGCGGCAGAGGACAUCGACGAGUGCCAGGUGCCCCCAGGAGAGGCCCCUGCCUGCGACCACCACUGCCACAACCACCUGGGUGGCUUCUACUGCUCCUGCCGUGCGGGCUACGUGCUCCACCAGAACAAGCGCACCUGCUCAGCCCUGUGCUCAGGCCAGGUCUUCACCGACCGGUCUGGGGCGAUCAGCAGUCCUGAGUACCCACAGCCAUACCCCAAACUCUCCAGGUGCACCUACAGCAUCCGCCUGGAGGAGGGGUUCAGUGUCAUCUUGGACUUCGUGGAGUCCUUCGACGUGGAGAUGCACCCCGAAACGCAGUGCCCCUACGACUCCCUCAAGAUUCACACAGACAAAGAAGAGUAUGGCCCAUUUUGUGGAAAGAUGUUGCCUCACAGGAUUGAAACCAAGAGCAACACCGUGACCAUCACCUUUGUCACCGAUCAGUCAGGGGACCACACAGGCUGGAAGAUCCGCUACACCAGCACAGCUCAGCCUUGCCCUGAUCCCACGGCACCACCUAAUGGCCACAUCACACCUGUGCAAGCCAGAUACAUCCUGAGCGACAGCUUCUCCGUCGUCUGUGAGACUGGCUACGAGCUUCUCCAAGGUUAUCUGCCCCUGAAAUCAUUUGCGGCAGUCUGUCAGAAAGACGGAUCUUGGGACCAACCGAUGCCACAGUGCAGCAUUGUUGACUGUGGCCCUCCUGAUUAUCUCCCCAAUGGCCAAGUGGAGUAUCUCACAGGUCCUGAAAUGACCACAUACAAAGCUGAGAUUCAAUACCACUGCAAUGGAACCUUCUACACAAUGACAACAAAUGAUGGUAAAUAUGUGUGUGAGGCUGAUGGAUUCUGGACGAGCUCCAAAGGAGAAAAAUCACUCCCCAUCUGUGAGCCUGUCUGUGGAAUAUCAACCCGUACUACAGAAGGUCGUAUAUAUGGAGGGCAAAAUGCAAAGCUUGGUGAUUUUCCUUGGCAAGUCCUGUUAUUAGGUGAAGCCACAGCAGCAGGUGCACUUUUAUAUGACAACUGGAUCCUAACAGCUGCUCAUGCUGUAUAUGGGCAAAGAGAAGAUGCCUCCUCCCUAGACAUUAGAAUGGGUACCCUGAAGAGACUGUCACCUCAUUAUACACAAGCCUGGGCUGAGAGAAUUUUUAUACAUGAAGGUUACACUCAUGAUGCUGGUUUUGAUAACGACAUAGCACUGAUUAAAUUGAAGAACAAAGUUGUAAUCAAUAGCAAUGUGAUGCCUAUUUGUUUGCCAAGAAAAGAAGCUGAAUCCUUUAUGAGGACAAAUGACAUUGGAACCGCAUCUGGAUGGGGAUUAACCCAAAGACGUUUUCUUGCCAGAACUCUCAAGUUUGUUGACAUACCAAUUGUUGACCAUCAAAAAUGUACUGCUGCAUACGAAAAGAAGAUCUAUCCAGGGGGAAGGGUAACUGACAACAUGCUUUGUGCUGGCUUAGAAAGUGGGGGCAAGGAUAGCUGUAAAGGUGACAGUGGAGGGGCAUUAGUGUUUCUAGAUAACGCGACACAGAAGUGGUUUGUGGGAGGAAUAGUGUCCUGGGGUUCCAUUAAUUGCGGGGAAGCAGAUCAGUAUGGGGUCUACACAAAGGUCAUUAACUAUAUUCCCUGGAUCAAGAACAUAAUUAAUAAUUUUUAAUUUUAUGUUUUCAAUCAGUAAAUAUUUCCUUAUUUUUAAAAAUUACUUGUAAAAGAUUUUAGCAGCACAAUGUGACCUGAGAAACAUUAACAUGGCAGUUGUUGCUACACCCAAAAACCAACACCAAACUACAGGUGGGAUGCCAUUACAGGCGGUUCUCGGCUUGCCAGUUUUUCACCCCUUACUUAGAUUUGAGGGGACAUAAAACAUUAGAGUAAUAUUCAUCUUUGCCAAUCCAGUAGAAACUCACUGGUUAAAUUUGCAUUUAAUUACAAAGUCCAGUAUCCUUUUUUUGUACUGGCCGUUUGCAUUUCUAUAAAUUGCCUGUUCAUGUUCUUUAUUCUACUGUUUUUGGAUUUGCUCUUAUUGGUCUCUAAAAGAGCUUUAAUACAGCAGUAUUGGUUCAGGAAUAACUCUGAAUCAUGGUUUUUUUGGUGGAUAAAUUGGAAACAUCAAUACUUGAGCCUUGGUAUUGACUGAUUUCCAUGUUAAAAACCAACACCACAAAACAGUGAGACAGAAUUUUUCACUUAUCAAAUUGGCAGACAAAAAGAACAUGGAAUAGCACUAUUUCAUAUUGUCAAAGACCACAUAAAUUUUCUAAAGGACAAUUUGGCAAUAUAUUUUAAAAGCCUUAAAAACAUGCAUAGUCUUUGACCUAGUAAUUCUAAUGCUAAGAAUUUAAUUUAGCUGUGAGGCUGUUCCUAGCACUUGGAAAUAACCUAAAUAAUGUUCAAACUCAGAAGACAGUUGAAUCAAAUAUGGCAUUUCCAUAAGAUGAAAUACGACAUUAGAAAUAAGUGAUGAUCUUAUAGAUAAAUGUGUAGUGUUUGUUUCCUUCUUACAAUGAAUAUGAAAUAGUUGGGCACACUUAACCAGACAACAGAUCACAGAUCAUACAAUCGCUGAGUAUAGUACAGACCUCACAAAUACACAAUUAAGAGCUACACUCUCCUAGUACUCAAUAACAAAUUAUUCUAAUUACCACAUACAUCUUCUGAAUUAUUAACUAGUUAACAUUUCUUUUUCCUAAGGACAAAUUUAAGUUCUGACUUAAUCUUAAAAAUCUCAUUUCAUUUUAGUUGGCUAGUCCUCCCUAAAAAGUUUUAAUAGGUAACAUUCAACAAAAUUUUUCUUUCUAGCCAGAGUUACCAUUACAUGUAAAAGUUCAUUGUUGAGUAUUGGCCUAAUUUCUCCUGUGCAUAUAAAUUGCAACUUUUUGAGACUCACUUCUCAAAGGUAACUUUGCAGCAUCUUCAUUACAUAUAAAAAAGAAAUUAUGUUUUUCCAGUAAGACUCCAGACACUAAACUGUGGUGGCAACAAAAAUUUUUAUUCAACUGGUUCAAAAAAAUUUUUAGAAUGAAUGCAUGUAGAUGACCAAAUAGACUUUAAAAACAAAUCUUUGCCAAAUAGUUUACUUCUAAACUUCAAAAAAAUUUUUUUAGGGUAGAAUUAAAUACCCAUAGCUAUGUAGUACCAUAAACAUGUUAAUAUAAGGCUACUCAACAUUGAAAGCCUUCUAAGACUGGUAACUAGAUUUACACAAGUAUAAAUAAGGGAUUAAAACCAUGCCAUCGACAAGUUAACUUACCC